GUAUUUUACAUUAUUUACUUCCGUUUUUGCGCUAAAUUUUAUAUUGUGAGUUUGUUUAUUUGUUUUUCUCGGCGAAAUGACCACGAAAAUUGCAACGGAAGGGUGCAGCAGUGCCCCUAGUGUGACAAUGCACUUCAUCCCCGCGGAAACAAACACAAGUGGGGCGACAAAAGUGGAGAAAUACUUUGAAAAUAUGAUUAAAAAACAAAAUGGAGUAGUCCUGACCAACAGCUUAAGAGGAUACCCGCUCGUGGGCAAUGAAUUUGCACUUCCGGACACACACAGAGGGUUAGUUCUCACCUCAUCAAAGAGUGAUUCGUCUACAAUGAAGGUUUCUGGGCAGUUUGAGGCAUUUACCUACUGGAAUUACGAUAUGAAUCCAUCAAAGAAUGACGCUCUGACGCAAGCAAUGGACUGGUUGGACAUCUCAGAGGCUCUACAUGGGGAACAGGAGGACACCGAAUAAUUUUUUUUUAAAUGAAUAAAUUGUAUUAUUUUGAA